UGUCAAAUGGCUUAUAAAUCUGACAAAUACCAUUAUAACCAGCUGUUAAACAUUUUAUGAUAACACACUAGGUUUCAUUUGUGUGUUAUUUUCAUGAUUCUAAUCCGUUUACUGUGAUGUAGUGAAAUAUGGAUAAAUGAAGACAAUGGCAACAUAGACAUAGUAGUGACUGAAUGCUUAGUUAAGAUUUAAGCUUAUAUCAAGAAUGAGCAUCAAGCGAAGAGACACCUUCGGUAAUGCAAAACUCAUAUCAUUUCAGCAGAAAUAACUGAAAAAGCUGAAGAAACACACAAAGAAAAAGAAAUGGCAUUAGAUUCUGCCGAACCAGAGCCAAAGAGGAUGAAAACCAGCAAUAAAAUUGAGGAAAAACUGGAUGAAUAUUUGAAAAAUAUGAAAUCUGCUACGUGGAACCUCACUCCAAUUGUAGAGGAAGAUCUUUACAAGCCUAUACCUGUGGUUCAAGCCUCUGUAGGCGUUAUAAGAGACCCUAAAGAUAUUUCCAAAACCAUCUUAACACUGAAUGAAAAAGUACCAAUGAAGGAGUUACAGCAUUUAAAACGAGCGCAAAAGAAAGAGAUUGUCAUAUGUCCGCUCAGUUAUUUAAAUGGUGCAAAGAUUGAAGAGUAUGUAGAAAACAAUGUGAAGGAAUUAAAAGAAGUGUUUGAGGAGUUCAAAGUGUGUGAUGUUCCAUCACGUCCGCCGCAAGUGCGGAAACAAUUUGAGGAAACCAACAAAGUAUGGCCGUGCAACUUUCACCCUAAUAAGUACAAUGAGAAGCUGGUCAGUGGGAGCUUUUACAAUGAACAGGAGCUGAAGACCCAUAGACAAUACAUGGAAAUGGUAUUUGAAGUUACCAAGUUUUAUAUGAAAGAGUUGACUGCCACAAAUAUAGAUUCGGAUAAGAUUUUAAGGAAUUUAAACACCUGUGUAGUGGUGGACCCAAGUAUACAAUCAGUAGUGGCUGUUUGCUUCGAUAAUCGACUGAAACACCCUGUGCAGCAUUCUGCCAUGUUGGCCAUAGACAAUGUGGCUAAAACACAAAAUGGAGGAUCCUGGGUGGCUGACAAAGAAAAACUUGAAACCAUAGACAGCACUCUCCGUGGCAUAGAUGAAGAACUGUGUUGCCAUUUGAAAGAAAAGUUUCCGCAAGUAAAAUUUGGCGCCAAAAAGUUUAAAAGUAAAAGGGAUAUGUCAGAAGAAGAGAUGCAAGGGAAUGAUAUUGGUCCAUAUUUGUGCACCGGCUAUUAUAUUUAUUUGCUGAAUGAGCCAUGUGUUAUGUGUUCUAUGGGCCUGGUGCAUGCGAGAGCUAAAAGAGUUUUCUUUUGUUUCGACAACAGUGAGUUUGGUGCAUUGAAGAGUAAGCUGAAGUUACAGACCAUAACAGCUUUGAACCACCAUUUUGAAGCUUUUACUGGUUUCCUUUAGUUUGUAAUGUAUUUUUAAUCGACAUAAAAUAACAUUGUGUACAAAUUGUUUUAAUCAACUUGAAAUAUGACAAUAUUUUUAGUGUACCUAAGCAUAAUAAAAUAUAUUUUUUUACAUUAACUAUGACUGAUAUCAUGUGAAUAAAUUUUGCAAACAAACACACCUUUUUUAAUUAAGAUAUAAAAAACGUUUAGCCUUGACAAACCUAUUUCCUGUUGGUUCAUCAACUCAAUGUAAAGGUGAAAAGCACAAUACCUAAUAGUAUCGGUGGUAAUAGGUGUACAAUGUUAAGGCCUAUUCGGACCUAAGCUAUUUCGCAGUUGCGGUGUCACUAUAUUUAA